GGUGGAAUAAACUCCUUCCUUCUUGCUCGGGAGGAGUUAAUGAUUUAUGGGUCAGCGGGCCAGCUCUGCUUUCUGCAGAACUGAAGUUUCUCUUUGUGGGGCCAGAUCUGAGCAUGUGGGCACUAUAAAAGUCCUCUUUGCCUGGGGGGCUGGAGGAGAGCAGUCCCUGUUCCGUCCUGCAAGUGCUGAACACGCCAGGGCUCUCCAUCUCCUGCCCCCACAGCUCCAGCUACCGGCCCAGGAGGGGAAUGUGGUGACAUCUGUGGGACCUCCAGGCAGGAAUAAACAUGUCAGCCUUGGAGCUGGGGAGGCAGAGGAGCUGUGCAGCCGUGCUUGGGUCCCUCCUCACUGCUGCUCUCCUGGUGACUGUCCACAGUCUCUGCCCCCUUCCGCCGCGCUUGCCGUCGGCAGAGCCCAAGCAGAGGCUGGAGGGCGUCGAGCUCUUCCCCUAUGGCUACAGGAUGGAGUUUGUCUGCAGGCCAGGCUAUGGGAGAAGUGCUCGCACUCCAAACGUCCUCAUCUGUGGAGUGGAUGGGCUGUGGCAUGGACCCAGUGACAUCUGCACACCCAAGAAGUGCCGCUACCCCAGGGAGCCGGCCAACGGCAGACUGGUCCUGCCUGGAGCGUUGACUUUGGGUACCAAAGUGAACUUCACCUGCAACACUGGGUACAGACUCAUUGGACACUCUGAGAUUGAAUGCAUGCUCAGAAAUGAGGUUCCUACAUGGAACAGAGACAUUCCCACCUGUCAGGCAAUUCCCUGUGCACCCCCUCCAGAAAUAGCAAAUGGGCAGCACAGUGGGAUGGACAAGGACCAUUUUCAGUAUGGGGACUCUGUCACCUACCAGUGCCACAGGCCCAGGAGGGGAGAGAGACCUUUCUCCCUGCUGGGAGAGGCCUCCAUUUUCUGCACAAGCACAGACAACCUGAACGGUGUGUGGAGCAGCCCAGCUCCGGAAUGCAAAGUGGUGACCUGCAAGCAGCCAAGAGUGGAGAACGGGAAGCUGCUGAGCAGGUACCAGCCUGACUACAGCUUUGGGGACACGGUGGUGUUCGACUGUCACCUGCACUACAGCCUGAACGGCAGCGAGGCCUCCACCUGCAGGGACAACGGCCUCUGGGAGCCCCCCCUGCCCCUCUGCCAGCUCAGCAGCUGUGAUGACCCCCCAGACGUGAGGAAUGCUGUGAAAACCAGACUGGCUGGCAACCUGUUCCCUGUGGGCACCGUGGUCACCUACGAGUGCCAGCAGGGCCACCAGUUCCGAGCGGGGAAAACCACCUGGGACAUCAGCUGCCUGCAGGACUUUGUGUGGAGUGAAGCCCCACCUCCGUGUGAAAGAAUUCCUUGCCCAGAUCCACACAUCCCAAAUGGAAAACCCUUGCACCCAUGGCAAGUGAAAGAGGUGUAUGAGAGCGGGGACAGGCUGGAGGUGGCGUGCAGUGAAGGAUUUGCUCUCAAAGGCCGUGGCAGCAGCGUCACCCUCCACUGCAGCAGCGAUGGUGAAUGGGAUCCAGAGGUGCCAGAGUGCAUUCCAGAACCACAUUGCCCAAAGCCAGACAUCCCUCAUGGAAAGGAGGUUGAUAAAAGCAGCAGUGACUACACAGUGGGGGCCCAGGUGAGGCUGGCCUGUGAGGAGGGCUUUGCCCUCAGGGGCAAGUCCAACUCCAUCACCUGUGGGGCUGAUCUCAGCUGGGAGCCCGAGGUGCCCUUCUGUGACAGAGUCUGUGGGCCCCCCCCAGAAAUCACCUUUGGGCAGCACUCUGGCAGAGGUGGCAGGGAGUUCCCUUAUGGCACCAAGGUGACAUACAGCUGUGCAGAGGGGCUGUCCCUGGUGGGGGACGAGUCCCUCUACUGCACCUCGGAGGAUGGCAAGAGCCUGGCGUGGAGUGGACCUGCCCCGGAGUGCAGGGCGGUUCGGUGCCCCAAGCCCGUGGUGGAGAGGGGAAGGAUGACCCCACAGAUGUUCACCUUUCCCUACGGGCUGCUCCUGCACUUCUCCUGUGAGCAAGGCUUCGUGCUGCGUGGUGCUGCCCAGAGCCAGUGCCUGGCUGAUGGCACCUGGGACCCGCCCUUGCCCACCUGCCAGCCAGUUCAGUGCCCCAGGCUCCCCAGACAGGAUGAUGUGGUGGUCAACUUCAACAAGAUGUGGUAUGAGGUGAAUGAAACUGUCACCUUCUACUGCAGACGUGAUGGGCGCUUAGGGGCACCUUCCAAAACCACCUGCUCAGCUGAUGGCACCUGGACACCACCACCCACGUGUAGGAAAAGUGAUGUGUGUGAAAAGGCUCUUCAAAACACAGCAGCUUUCCAGUGUGGAAUUCCACUGUCGGAUCUGAAAACCCAGCUGGAAAUCCAGAAGCUCUUCCUGGAGAUCCAGAAACUUGAAAAGGAGCUAAAAUCACCACCUACAGCUGACUCCUUCACUCCCUCUGUGCCCAGAGCAGCCUCCCCUGCCUCGCACAUCCCAGGGCUGGGGGUGGUGUCAGUGGCGUCUUUGGGCUGUCCCCAACUUCCCACUGCUGCUUCCCCUUCCCUGGCAGGCUCUCAGGGCAGAGGAUCUCUCCUUGCCAGGGCAGCUCCCACCCACACCAUGCCCGGGCUCCUGGGGCCAGGGCAGCUCCUGGCAGUGCUGCUCCUGGUGCUGCAGCCCACGGGGACUCAGGAGGCUCAGUGUCCCAUCCCUUCCAUUGCACACGGGCAGCUGAGCUCUGCAGAGAACUUCACCACGGGCAGCACCGCCACGCUGCAGUGCGACCCCGGCUUCAUGGGCACGGCCAGCACGGUGCGCUGCACAGCCGGCGGCAGGUGGUACCCACGGGUGCCCUCCUGCAUCCCAGGGAGCGUGAGAAGGAAGCGCAAGAGAAGGAAGAAUCUCACUCAGUUCACACUCUCUGGGCAGUGUCGCCACCCUCCCUCCGUGGAGUUCGCCGACUUCCAGCACCGGCGGGAGUUCCCGGUUGGGACCACGCUGUCCUACUCGUGCAGAGCCGGCUUCUCCCUGAUCCCCGGCGUGUCCCCAACCACCACUUGUCUCCAGAACUUCACGUGGUCAGCGGUGCCCCGGCUGUGCCAGAAGGUGCAGUGUCCCAGCCCGGCCAUCCCCCACGGGACAGAGACCAGCCCCAGCAGAGCCGAGUACACCUUCGGGCAGCAGGUGGAGUUCCAGUGCGACCAUGGCUUCAUGCUCCGGGGCAGUGACAGGGUCCAGUGCUCCUCUGAUGGGACAUGGAAGCCCCCCGUGCCCUACUGUGACAGGGUCUGUGGUCCCCCUCCCAAAAUCACCAACGGGCAGCACUCUGGCAUGGGGCUCACACGGUUCACCUACGGCUCUGAAGUGAAGUACAGCUGUGCAGAGGGGCUGUCCCUCAUCGGGGACAAAUCCCUCCACUGCACCUCCGAGGAUGGGGAGAACCUGACCUGGAGUGGGCCUGCCCCGGAGUGCAGGGCGGUUCGGUGCCCCAAGCCCGUGGUGGAGAGAGGAAGGAUGACCCCACAGAUGUUCACCUUUCCCUACGGGCUGCUCCUGCACUUCUCCUGUGAGCAAGGCUUCGUGCUGCGUGGUGCUGCCCAGAGCCAGUGCCUGGCUGAUGGCACCUGGGACCCGCCCGUGCCCACCUGCCAGCCAGUCCUGUGUCCAGAACCACGAGUGCCCUUUGGAAGGCUGAAAAGCCCUUUGGGUGAGCAAAGGUGGUACCAGACCAACGAGACUGUCACCUUGGAGUGCCUUCCUGGCUACCAGCUUCCAGACAAUGGAGUGAUGGAGAAUGCCUGGACAGCCACCUGCUUGCCUGAUGGCAGCUGGACACCACUGCCCAAGUGUAUGAAAGAAGGUGAUGCUGAUGUGUGUCAAGAGGUUCAUUACAUUAAAUCGACCUUUGAAUGUGGUCUGCCUGUGGAAAAAGUGAAAAGUCUGCUGGAAAUACAGAAACUGUUCCUGGAGAUUAAAAAACUAGAGAUGGAACUAGAAAAGUGAAAAGAAACUGGACUCCUGUACACUCACCUUUCCUUUGGUGAACUCACAGUUUGUGCAGUCCCAGCAUCUCUAAAAAGGUUCUGGGUGAUUUUAUGGUUUAUGUUUGCAUGCCUGAAGCCAGAAAAAUAAUCAGCAGUGCAUGGGAGGCUGCUUUUGCUGUGCUGGAUGCCAGAGCAGGGAGUGGGUUUUGCUCUAACCUACAAGCUUGAUUUGCUCUUUAACUAAUAAGUUGUUUCAUGUUUCACAUCAGGAAGAGUAGAAAGAAAUUAAAUUUAGCAUUUUAAAA